GAAUUAUGGGCACGACAACAAUCACAAAUUAAACCUCAAACAGUAUUAGUCGAUGUCGAGGAAUCAGUUUUAGAUGAUGCCGAGGAAUCGGUUUUAGAAGAUAAUUACUAUUUCAUUGAUAAAGAGGAAGUUAAGGGGUACGAUUUUACUGAGCAUGAGGAAAUGAGGAAUCUGAACUCCGAAAAUGUGUCAAUUCGGAAUACUUUGCUUGAAAUACUCUAUCAAUGCCGAUCCAAAGAUCUUGAAUCAGGCAAGACGAUUAUGAAUUCGAUUUUUUUGAACGGAAUAAUAGAUAUGACAGAUGCUGGUGUGAAGCAAAGUGUACGAUCUAAGUUGAAUAAAGAACAAAAAUCAUGGCUUGAUCGAAAACUAGAAAAGCAAGCUUGGGAUCAAACCACUGUGUUCAAGGAUUAUUGUAGUCAGUUCACAGAAGAUAAAUGCGAUCGAGUCCAAAUCCCCACUCUCGUGCGAAAGUCUUAUAUUGUUAUUGCUUAUGUGAAGUUAAUGGAGUCAAAUGCAUCAAGCCUUGAAAGAACAUAUUCAAUUGAUACAACCAUAUAUAUCAUGAACAGACUCUUCAGAAUGCACCAAGAUGUGCUGGAUUGGAAUUGGAUGGAAAUACUCACUACAGUUACAAAGAACCGGAAGAUAGAUGGUGUUUUGAAAGUUCUCAAGAUAAAAAAAGAAAACCAUCGGAUAAUAGGAAUUGCCAAAUUCUCGAGAGGUAUAAAAUCCCCCGAUACCAAAGAUGUUGAUGAUAAG